GAAGCAUACAAAAACUAUUGUACACAUUAGUUGGUAUAUUGACUACUUGGCAUUAGAUUUCAAUUGACUUCCUUUUUCAUUUCUGCAACCAUAUUGAGGGAAAUACUAAGUAAAUAGAUUACAGUAUUUUAAAAACAAACAAACAAAACAUAAUAGAAAAGAACAGGAGAUUAGAGUGACCAUCAUGCCGACAGCUUGCCUAGAGAAAACUCCACCACGCAGUAAUAUAGCACGUAAAGAAUAUAACAAAUUAAUUGGAGAACUGAAUAAUGAAAUUGAACGAUUAUCAGAACAAAACAGAAGUUUAUCUGAAAAAUUAGCUAUUAGUGAAGAACAAAUCUCGGUUGGAAGAAGAAAUGAACGUGAUUUAGAAAAUCACAAUAAAGCCUUAGUUGAAGAAUUAUGUCAGUUGAGUAAAGCAAAUUUAACACUGAAAGAUGAACAUCGACAUGAAAUUGAGUCGAUUGAAGAAGAGACAAAACGUUUACGCAUUCAACUGGAUGAUGCUGUUAAACAAAAGAUUGAAGCUGAGAAGGAAAUUCUAAAAUUAAAUAUGGAACGAGAAAAUCUAGAACGUAACCUGUCAGAUGCACAGAAAGAAUGCCACACAAUGGAUAACAGUGAACGUGAUAUGCGAAAUUUGAUAUUACGCGCUGAGGAAGAUAAAAAGCGUCUAGCUCAACGGAUUGAAAAGUUAACUGCAAACGAACGAGCCCUAGUUCUUGAAUUGGAAAGACUUAAACGUCAUGGUGGUACAAGUGAUGGCCGAGGUAAACGUAUAAGCCAGUUGGAUGAGUUUAUAACCGGCAUUGAAGCAGAUCGUGAUUAUUGGCGUGGGCAAGUUGAGUUAUUACAGCAAAUGUUAAAUUAUCCUGCUUUAACAAGUGGGACUGAUGGAACUGUAGUCGGUAGGACGUCAUCAACAACAAACCCCGGUAGUAGACUGAAAUCGAAACCGCCGACAGGACAUACUUCAUGCAAAAUAAGUGCCCCAGUUAGAGAUACAAAACAAAGAAAGCUUGAGCAACAGGUCCAAGAGUUACGAGCAGAAAGAGAUCUACUUCGACAAGAGUUAGACAGUGUAACACGUACUCGUCACAGAAGUCCUUCACCAGUCACUAGAUCAAGAUCACUGAACAGAUUUCAGACUCGAGAUGAUUAUAUGGAAUUGACUAAACUUCGACAAGAACGUGAUGAACUAAGAAGCUUACUUAACAAAUUGGAGCAUCGAGUUCAAGAAAUUCAGCGUAAUGUUCAUACGCUUACCCAAGAGCGCGAUCAAAUUAACAAGCUGUACAACGAUUCACGAUGUGAAAUACACCGAUUACAUCAAGAUCUGUAUGCAAUGCAUGAAACUGGUGAUCGAAACACUCAAACUACCCAAACUGUCCUACGUCGAGUUGAAGCGGAACGUGAUCGAGCUUUAGUAGACUUAUCAAGAGUAACUGCUGAACGGGACAGUUUAAUUACCAAGUAUAAAAAUUCUACAGAAACUGCACAUUCGGAUAAAUUACGCUUAACUAAUCAAUUGGAUCAUUUAGAAAAUAGUUUAAAUCAAGUAGCUGAAGAACGUGAUGAAGUACUUCGUCGUGUGUCCAUGCUACGACUACGUAUUGAUGAGUUGCAACAACGUCAGCAACAACUGGAAGAGAGUUUAGCUGAACGACAGGAAUUACUUAAAAAGGUAAAUGAAGAAUCAGCCCAACUGAAACAAGAAGCUGAAGUACAAAAUAAUCGUUUAGAAGAACGUGAAUUACAAAUAUCUCAAAUGAAUGAAAGGACACGUGUUAUGGAGACAGACUGUAGGAGAAUGCAUGAACGUUUCGAAGAGGUUGAAAUGAAGUUACGCAAAGAAAGGGAAGAAUGUUCACGUCUACGUAAUCAACUUCAGAGUAUUGAAGAAGAGAAAGUUAAACUCCAGUGUGACCUAGAGAAUUUGACGUGUGAACGUAGUGACUUGAUUAAGCAUCAACGUCAAGUUGAAAAACGAUCACAAAUAAAUUUAUCUGAACGUGAUCGACUGUCAAGACAAGUAAAUGAUUUAAAUGACAUAAAAGAAAAUCUUGAAAAACAACUAAGGCAAUUAGAGAAAGACUUUUCCGAUCAAACUACUAAAUAUCAGCUUGAACGUGAAGCAAAUGAAAAACUUCAACAACGUAUUGAUACAGCAAUUCAUAACAAGAAUUCAACAGAUAGACGGGUUAAUUGGCUUGAACAGCAAGCAGAUGAUUUGAGAUCACAAAUCAAUCAAUUAGAACAACAAUUAUCAACACAAAAGGAUGAAAAUAAAUGGAUGUCAGAAACAAAUGAAAAGUUAACGACCGACAAUGAAUCACUCAGAUCUACAGUUGAAUUAGCCAAUAAAGACAAGGUUCAUUUGGAAUCAUGCAUUGAAGAAAUGAGUUCAGCGCAUAGACAAGCAUUACGUGAACGUGAAGACUUAGUUCAACGUUCCAAUGGUUUACAUGAACGUAACAUUGAGUUGGAUGCAGAAAACAAGAAGUUAGAUCUAGAAGUCAAACGUAAUGCUGAAGCAUUACGAGCAGAAAGAAACACACUUGCUGACCUUCAACAACAAUUGGAACUAUGCCGUAGAAGAUCAGAAACAGCUGAAAGAGAUGCAAAUGAUUGGAGUUCAAGAGUUCGUUUAGCUGAAGAUCAACUACACAAGGCUGAGACUCGAGUUGUACAGUUGGAAAGGGAACUACGUGUUGAAAGAGAUGAUUAUACUCAGUUGAGAGCACGAAUGGAAAUAUUAGAGGAAGAAAAACAAAACAUUGAGAUGAAUUUAAAAGAAACAGCUCAAAGGCUAUCACAUGCUGAAGUUGACUUAUCCAGCAGAGUACGCGAAAUACACGAUAUACGUUCAGCACAUGAAGAAGCUAUGCGUACCAAUGGGCGUACACAAGAAGCUCUAUCAACGCGUAAUGCUGAAUUAACAGCGGCUAGAAAUGAGUUGAGUUCCAUUCAAACAAGUCUGUCAGAAACACGUCGAUUGUUAGAAGCUGAACAACGUGAAACAACAAGACUCAGGGAAGAUUUAAAUCAUAUGGCACGUGAAUCACAAACUUUACAAACAGAAUUACAGGAUGUUGUUGAUGAAAGAGAUGAAUUAAAGCAGAGAAUAAAAGACUAUCUGAACGAAUUAUCACGUUUAGAACGUGUUUUGUCAGAACGUGACAGUGAAUGUAACAAACUGAUAGAUCAAUUGAGAACAGCAAAUGAAGAGGCAGAAAGCUGGAGAAUUCGAUGGGAAACAGCUGAAAAUAAAUUGACUACUUGUAAAGUAGACUUGGAGGAUAAAGAAGCUGACUUAUCGAAUGAACGUGAAAGAUCCGAUAUAAAAGACAGAGAGAUAUCACAUUUACGUGCCACACUGAAUUCAACAGAGAUACAGAGUAAUGCAACUUCUCGUUCACUAGUUGAAGCGAAUGAACAACUAAGAAUAUCUCGAGCAGAAAUCGAUACACUUACUACAGAAAUAUCACGAAUACGUGAUUCAUUAUCUCGUUGUGAAACAGAAAAAUCAAAUCUACAACGUGAAAUUAACUCACAAAGAUUAGAUAAUGAUCAACUACGUGCACAAUUAGAUGAUUUUGAAGUGGAACUAGAACAAAUUAAAGAACAAUUAGAAGAGGAACGUGAAAACACUAGAAAUAUGAAUGAAGUAUUAACAAUUACACGUCAAAAACAACAAAAAGCUUUAUCUGAAGCUCAGGAACGAACUACUGAAGUUAUUGCCUUACGUGAUAGAAUUACCAAUGCAGAAGAAAGAGCAGAUAUAGCUCAAAGAGAAAUUGACAAAGUAAGAGAACGAUUGGCUGAAACAGAAAGAGAAGCGAACCGGUUAUCUAGAAGUUUAUCUGCUGAACGAUUUGAAAAAGAACGUGCUCUAUCCGAACUACGAUUGAGCAGUUUACCAGCAGGUUAUAGACCUUCAGGUUAUUCAAGUUUAGGAGGAACAUAUUACCCGGGUACUUCAGUCAGUCGAGAUCGUAUGCCUUAUCAAGAAAGAGAUGAGUAUUGAACAAUUAACAAUGAUACCAAAAAAUGACUUCAUUGAUAUAUAUAUAUAUACAUAUAUAUUCAGAUUGUAAUUUGAACAGUUCACUGAGUGUUUGCUUUUCUUCAACCGCUGUUUCCCUUCUAUAAUUCUUCAAAUUUUAUUAUAUUCUGUGUUUGCUUUGAGAAAACAUAUACAAACCGGAUGGAACGAUUUUUAUGCUCUUUAUGGUUAAUCCUUUAUAUCAGAACCUUGAAAUAUACGACAAUAAAAAAAAGUCAAAACAUGUCAAAAUUAUUUCAUUUCAUCUAAUUAUUUUGUUGAAUGUAAAACAAAUGUAACUCACAAGCAAUGAUGUAGAUG